AUGUUCGCGAGCCUACGUCUCGUCAUACUUGACGUGGUCAACACAAUCGACACAACCAGCCACGGCCGGCAUCGUUGGCCAACGUCGCUCGUGAACGUCAUGCGUCUGCUGCAGCGUCUGCACACUCCACGCGCCCAGUCCCGACCGCGUCUGCAGCUGCUUUAUCUCCGCACGUUCUCUAGCGACACGCUGGAUCCUGUCAAGCAUCCGCUCCUUAUCUCAGCGUCUGCUGCGAGCGCCGUUCCCUCGGACACCUCUCCGUCGUUCGCUGUCAGCGCUUUGAAUGGCUCUACGAAUGGCUACACUUCGAUUAAAAUGCCAAGAGAGGCAAUGCAGUUCUUGGCUUCAUACGAGGAAGACGAUCAGAUGGUGCAUGAGCAGGACAUUGAGUUCACUGCACAGCGCAUUGGCUUCCCCCUGAGCGAGACGGAGCUGAAGGAACGCACCGAGUUUCAGGUACAGCAGCAGCAUGACGAAAACGACGGGAUUCGAGAGGAAUCGAGAGAAGAAGCGACGGCCAAAGCCGAGCGGAUCAUGGCCGUGCUGCGCCACUCCAUGUCGGAGCUGGAGAUCGGCAAAGUCAUCCAUCGCAUUGCUCAGUAUGCUACCCUCCCUCGUGUCACGGGUCUUUCACGUAAGCAGUUUCUGAGGUCGCUCGAGACAAGAUUUGGCACAAACCAUACGGAGGAACUUGGCUACAUGCUAGCUUUCCUACAGGGUCGUGACGACGUCAUUGACCAGCUAGAGAUUGACUCACGAAUGGGGGACGAGUAUGCUCGUAGGACCGACAGUGGACAGGAAACACGUGCUGUUGCAGAGACGACGGACGAUUUUGUUGUACCCCAGAUCAUGGGUCUGCACCCGGACUUAGUAGCUGACCCCCAGUUUGUGAGCAUUGUGUUCUGUUACUGCCGAUUGGCGUGUUUGAACUCGCUCAAGCUCAUGCAGCGACCAGCAGCAGGUUUCAGUCGCGGACCGAAGUCGAGUUUGUGGCAGGUCAAGGCUGAUUUCAGAAAAGUGCUAGAUACAGAGGGAUUCUCGCACUUUGCCGACAUGCUUGGACUAGAGAAACACACCAUCAAGGGCGAGGAUGAGAACGCUGAUGCCCUGGAUGCUGAAUGGGAAGAGUUCAACCUGGAAAAUGACCGUAUUGACUUUCGGAUGCUAUUGUCCCAGACCAAGGGUAUUGUCGAUUUCAUGAAAAAUGAGCUACCCAGUGAGACUAUUUCGAAAAUGCUUGUAGCGAUGCUGGCGUCGGUCAAGACGUCGAAACUGCAUCGCAAGAUUUUUCAAGAGAUGGUGUGUAACGUCCAGACAGCGUUCCCCGAGACGUUCCACGAGCAGCUACUAUCAGAGCUUGUACCGUUUCUUUCCGGUGACAAUGCAACGUACGAGGAUUUUGACUCAAAAGCUGCGACGACUGCUUUACAGCACCAUCAGAUGCGAAACGAGGCUAUCAUUCGCGCUUUGUUGGAGACGCGUAUGCGUGUCGGUCACAUUCUUAUUCACGACAUCGAUGAUGUGGAGCCUACCAAUUCGAUUCCGAAGAAGCUGACCCCCGAGCAACAUGAGAAGGUGAUUACGACGGCUUGGAAUAUUGUGUCUGUUUUGGAUGACCGCAAGUAUCACAUGUUUUUCACCCGCUUUCUCAAGUACAAGCUUGCGUGGCGACCCAAUCGUACCACUUUCGGAGAAACGUUUCUUUCGGAUGUGCGCAAAACACUUGGUCCUCGCGAUGCGGACGCUAUCAUGCCUAUGUUUGAAGAAGUGUGCCAGCAAUUAUCAGUGGAGACGCUUACAAUUUGCCGUGUAAAACUUCGUCAUUCCGGAAAGCGGCUACGAGGGCGAGGUGCGCUGGAGCCACUGAAUGAAGCUGGACGUGAACUUCUCGAGACCGCAUGGCAACCCUCUCAUUGCGCAUUCUACCGAAAUUUGCCACACGGCGUGACGAAAAAGCAUUUGGAGAACGCACUUGCUCACGUGGGAGGUGUCAAGCGGUAUAUCAUAUUCUCCGAUCCCAUCAACGGUCCGCCGGAGUCAUUAUUUGAGGAUGAGGAUGACGUCGUUGGAGUGGAGCAAGAAAGCGAUUCGGAUCCUGUUGAUGACAAGGAUGAGAGCGCACAGAUGAAGAAAAAGAAGAAAUCAACAAAGGCGGAGCUGAAUGACAUGAAGGGGUUGAAAAUGCCCAAGCACAAGAGGAAAAUUGUCGCAAGUGACAAGAAGACACCGCACCAAGCUGUUGUAGAAUUUGAGUCGGAGAGUGCGUGUCGCAUGGCGACAAUGCGUGCACUACAAAUUUUCGGCGUGAUGAUGUCAGGCUGGAACGAGUACCGACCGGUGUUUUCAUCACCAGCAGAUGGGCGCUCCAGCAUUGCUCUAAUCAACGUGCCUUAUGGCACUAAGGUCGGGGAACUUGUGGAUGAAGUGAACAGGAUCCUUUUCAAGGCUGGCUUGAAUAUGAAAGUGUCUGGUCUAGUUCCGCGAGGUGUUAUGCUGACAAAUGGUCGUUUGGAUCUGCGUUUCCCAUCAUUUGUGGAGGCCGCACAAGUCGUAGAUCUACUGAAUGCACAUGUUAGCAGGAUGAAGCGACGUCGAGUUCUUUCGAAAAAGGACAUGUAUCGCUAUAACGAGUUCGUCAAGCUUAAGAAAAGAAUGAAGGUGAAGGAAAAAAGUGCGGAAAAGGAGCGAAAGAAGGAGGAAGAAGAGCAACUCGCACGAGAAGAGGAUGGUGACAUUCAAGAGGACGAGGAUCUUUUGUGUCUCGGUGUUGAUGAGGACGACGACGACGAUGACAUUGAGCUGAUCGAAGAGGGUGACGGGAACAGCGAGGACGAAGUGGACGAGGACGAAAACGCCGACGAGGAUGACGAGACGGCGAACGCCAAGUCACGAAAGAAGUACACACUGGUAGUGUCCGAAACCCUGGAGGAAUACUUUGCCGAGUGGCUUGAGGCUGAAGCAAAUAUGACGGACGAGGAUUUGGCACUCAGCAAAGUGCUUCGUCCGUUUGAUGUCACGUGGACCCCGAUCGCGAAGCCCAAGAACAAACACUUGUACCUUUAA